ACUGUCAUCAUAACAAACCCAAUUUCUAGGUCAACCGUCUCCAUCUCGAUUCCUUCUGCUCGCUCUUGAGCUCAAUCUCUGGUGGGCGUGUGGGUGGGUGUGUUUGGCAUUGGUCCCGCGGUCAGCCAUGUGCGCCUCGUUUUCGGCCCGUGCCCCAUCGUUCGACCAUCCCAACUACUUUUACGACCUCAUGCCCGAUGACGAUAACGAGAGCCCGCCUCAGUCCGUGGCACGGGCCAUCCCUCGGCGAUCCCGUCGAUCCAUCCCGACCCAAAUGCGAUCUCGUUCUACUUCCCCGUACGUUUAUUCUGAAGACGAGGACAGAAUGUCGUUGAAUUGGAGCUCCGAUGGCAGCCAGGAAUGGCUUCCAUCCGCGUCUCUGAGUUCCGGGGGUUCCUCGGGUUCAUCCACCAGGGGUACCCCCAUCCAUCCCGCCCACACACGUCCGAAGAGGGCGGGUUGGGAACAAUUAGACUUGGAAGAUUCGUUGAUCUGGCCUCAAAUCGAGGAGGAAGUCCGCUCGUUUUUGGACAAACUUCGGGGUCCUCGGGUCCCGGGCAAACCAAAGGACUCGAAACGAGUGGCGUCUACGGAGAACGAGCCCACCACUUCGAUCCCAACGGGGCCAAUUCGGCCCAUCCUGUCCAGCAAAGUCCUGGCACUCCAGGACCUAGAACUUCGCGAUGCUCACUUAACGGAUGUGCUUCAGUACCAGAGGCUAUCUUUCCACUUCCCUCGGAUAGAGUUCCCGACCAAAAGCCAAUGUGGUGAGCUCAUGGAAUGGAUCCUGGUCGACCACGACUUCCCGUUGCCUAAAUUGCAUUUCUUUCGGAGAAGCACGUUUCUCAUGGAUCCAACGGAGGUGGAAGAGCGUUUCCUCCGAGAGAACUUCCCGGCUUUCACCACAGAUCCUCUGUCACCUGAAGAGAACAAUGUCCUGAUCAAGCGCUUGAAGUUCGUGUUAAAAUGUUUGGGUUGGUCCAGUCGGGAUGUCAUGCGAAAUCUGACCGAACUGGCCGUGGCCACCAAACGAGAACGCCGGAUGUUGGGGCGCUUUAUUUUGGCAGCCUAUGUGGGCCGGCCAUUGUUGCACUACCGGCCCUUGUCCCAAAUUGUCAAAGCCAUUCUGAUCCUCACCCACACCCACAAAGUGGCGGACAUCCGCCAGCGAGACCUCGCGGCCAUCCAAAGCUCGAUCUCGGCCAAUAAACGGAAAGGCUGGAGUGCCCUUCGGAAACACUUCAACGUGGUCAGACUGGUCAAGGAUAAGCAGAUCAAGGCUGCCAAUUCACGUGAUAUGCUGCAAGAGGAGAUGAAGAUCGUGUUCUUGACAGUCAUGCGACACAUCAACACUACAGACCUGACGAAUAUCGAUCACAAAGACGUACCCAUGCCUCUGUUGGCUGAGGUUACCAACAGAAACUCGUUCAAAAGGGCAACCUUUGCCAAGCUCUUGGGCAGGCUCAAACGCCUGAAAAAUGGCGUCGACGCGCAAUCUCAUUUCCACAACCAAAGAGACAUCCUCCAGGCAGUCAUCGCCCAAGGGGCCACCAAACCCACUGAGAUCGACUGGAGACCGAUUGAAAAUGGCUUCCCCAGUUACACCCGCGGAUGUCUCAUGAGUGUUUUAUACCACUCCAUGAAGCCCGGGGAUGGGCAAACCAUUCGCGAGCAAUGGCUUGCAUCCUAUCAGCGUCGACUUCAACAGACUUACAAGAACAGCCGAUUCUCCGCCACAUACAACAAAGACAUGGAACAACUCAAGGAGGCCUACCAGUGGGCCAAAGAGGCGUUUGAACAAGACGACAAGGCCAAGAUCUCCAUUCCCAAGGAAGAUGGCUCGCUCUAAACUCGCGCUUCAUGCCCUCCUACCUCCUUACCUCCCUACCUUCCUUCCUUUCUAUGAUUCGUUCCUUUGUUGGUUAAUGACCAUCGAGUGGAUCCUUUAUGAAGGGGUGUUCGUGGGAGAAUCAUUCAUUCAUCAUUGCCCGAGUCCUUUUGUGAUCCCCCUUCAGGUAUUUCCCCCAGCCCCUUUCGAUUUAGACCCGACGAGAAUGGUUCGCUCUUGGGUGAGAAUGACGUCAUCGCCAUCUCCAUCCUCUUCAUCUUCCCGUCGCUUGACGUUGUCAACCCGUGUGAGAAAGUCCAUUGCCUCGCAAGAGAUGUCUAUUAAAGUGUUAUAUUGAUUGACUAAGACAAA